AUGGCUUGGGAUCUAUCGGUCGAUGAUCUUUCGGAUGAGUCGAGCUUUUAUGGCGAUGACGAUGACGACGACGAAGAGGUCGAGCGGUUAGAGCAUCUGGUUACGAGUUACGAUACCGGCUACUACUGGAACAGGAUCCAUCCGUACUCGCUGAGCACUAUUCGCCGGAAGGCGUUGAGCGCGAGGCGGAAGGCACACGAAGAAACACAAGCAAGCGAGAACGCAGCCGAGAUGGACUGCGGUACUAGUAUUAAGACGGAAGACGGGGACGAUGGCGCUGCGCCGCCUCGGUGUUACAGCUUUCCACCACCCGACGCUCUAAAGAGCACGACUGAAUUAAAGAAAGACGAGGCGGACGGCGACACGAUCAUGACGGAUGUCUCUGCCUCCUCGGAGCGCAACCGCGUGAGACGCACAGCCUCGAGCGUAGCAGCUACGGGGCCGACGCCAUCAAAUACCCCGGCGGAUGCGGUCGGCCCGUGGAUCUAUGUCGCAGCACCUCAGCAGCCCAAAAGACCGCAGCAGGCGGAUAUCGCGAGGCUCGUGGCGGAGGGAACGAGGGCACUGCAUCGGUUCGAGAAUGACAGGGCCGCGUUGCAGGUGCAGCGGGACAGGGCCCCGGCGGGUUCGAAGCAGGCGGCAACGCGGGCGUUGCACCGUCGGCGGCAGGAGCUGGAGAGCGAGCUGUUCGUGCUGGCGAGGCAGACGGGCGUCGUGUCCGGGAAGUGGAUGCUUUUUAUCACGGCGGAUCGGGUCGAUGAGUAUUGGACAGUGGUGGCCGAGGCGACCGUGCGCGGAGAGCUGGGAUUCGGAGCCAAGGUAGCAACGGAUGAUGGGCAGGGGAGGGCGCGACUGAUCGCAAUCUAUACCCACGAUCAUGAGGACCGCGAGGACGUGGCUCGGGUGCUGAGGAGAAUGGUAGAGUUGGCGCUUGUCGUCAAGUCCCAUGAGAAGCCCAUAUACUAUAAGUGUGAUGCGUUCACCCAUCUGGAGAUCAUGGGGAACAAUCCGUGGGGAUUGAAGGCGAGUCGGUUUUCGAGUCGAGACGUGUUGCGGGGUGAGUGGUGAGCGAGCUGCUGGAUGUUUGGAUUGUUGAUUCAAGAAUGUGUACAUAUCGGCCAUUUCAGCGUACUCGCCGUGACUUGAGGCUCAAGAAGAACCUAGCAGGCUCGAUAUGCCGAUCCCGUAGCUUUGUAUGAGCACUGAUUGACGAAGGGGAUAGACAAGUCAGCGCCCGACUUGAGGCCUUCCUUAUCAUCAUUGCCAUACCAAGCAAGCCUGGAGGGUAACACGUUCUUCCAACCCCAACAAGCCCCAUGUCAUAACCAAGCACAGCGGAAUUGAUCCCCAUGCUUGUUUGCCGCUCUGCGAGAAAUUACCACCAGUGCCUCACCUCAAGACGACUCAUCCCCUCGAUCCAUGACCUUCUCACAAGCCUCC